GCCAGUACAUAGUUAACUACAGUCCAUUCAGUACCUUCUUAUCUACCUACUAUUUAAGAAUCUUAUUAAAGAGAGUAUAUUAUACGCAACAUGGAUGCAGCAAAGGAACUAGUGUUGAACUUAAAACAAAAUAAUAAGUCACAUGUAGGAUAUGGUUUGCAAAAUGAAAGUGAAGCACUUAUUGGUCACAUUCUGCAAAAUAUGGUGAAGGCCCAGUUACCAGAAUUAAUUCCUGAAGUAAAAAAUGAAGAAGAUUCCAUUCAAUAUAGAGAAGAAGGAAAUCAACAUUUUGUAAUGGGUGACGACGAUGAAGCUAUAAAAUGUUAUACAAUGAGUUUGGCAUAUGCAAAUAAUAAUGAACUUAUGUCAUAUGCUCAUGCCAAUCGAUCUGCUGCCUUAUACAGAAAACACAUGUUCAAGGAAUGUUUGAUAGAUAUUGAUGCUGCUUUAAAUCUUGGAUAUCCUGAAGAAAAAAGGAAAAAACUUAAAGAGAGAGGAAUUAAGGCCAUUGAAGAAAUUAAAAUGAGAUUGCAACUCAAAAAAAACGAUUGUAUUGAUGAAGAAACAUUUAUGAACAUGUGGGAUGUAAACAAAAAUUUUAACACUAAUGAAAAGAAAGAUUCAGUUAAUGGUUGCAAUGAACUACCUACAGAUAAAGAUGGAACGAAACAGCCAAGAUAUGUAGCAGAUGAAGGCCCUUUAAAGUUAGCUUAUGGUCCUAGUACAGAGGCUCCUGCUGCUAGUGAUGGUGUCAGCAUUUCUUUUUCUGAAAAAUAUGGACGUCAUUUAGUAGCUACUAAAGAAUUCCAACCAGGAGAUAUAGUCACUAUUGAAGAUCCUUAUGCAUAUGUUAUUUAUACACAAAGAUAUUAUACACAUUGCCAUCACUGCUUAUUAAGAAGUUACAAUUUGAUUCCUUGCCCACAUUGUCCAGUGUCUCAGUAUUGUUCAGAAAAAUGCAGGAAAUCAGCUUGGGAAAUGGCACAUCAAAUAGAAUGCCCGAUUAUGGCACUAGUAGGAAAUUUACUUAAUGUUGAUACAGAUAAAAUCCGAAUGCUUACCAAAAUUAUUAGACUUCUAAUUGUAGUAACAGCAAAGGGCAAAAAAAUUGAUGAAUUGUGUGCAGACAUGAAAGUAGCUGAAUCUAAUCCAGAUAAUAGAACUGCAGGAUUUACAGAUGAGGGCAUACUGGAUAGUACCAGUGCACGAUCUGCUCUGAGUCUUGCUACCAAUAUGACAACCAGACCACUUAUUGGAAUCAGUGCUUUUGCUUGCAUUUCAGCUCUCGCGGUUAUCCUUUUAGCCACACAGACUAAUUUCUUCUGCAAGAAAUAUAAAGUUGACCAAUUACAAAAUAUUAGCAAUUAUCCUAACAUUAGAUUCUGUGGCAGCCUUAUGUUUCGUGCCUGUGUUAUAAUGUCCUCCAAUUGUUUUUCAGUGCAACAAGAGCCAGGAGUUAAAACAGGUUCAGGCUUAUACGUAACGCACAGCUUGUAUAAUCAUUCUUGUGCACCAAAUACGUUCCGUCAUUUUGAAGGGCUGACGAUGAUUACUCGUGCUCUAGAACCAAUAUAUCCUGGAGAUCAAAUAUUCACAAAUUAUGGUGCUGCAUAUGCAUAUACAACAAAAUCUGAAAGAAGAGAAAAAAUAAUGCAAGACUAUUUCUUUGAGUGCGACUGCAUCGCAUGUACAAAUGAUUGGCCGAUAUAUAAUGAAAUUUUGAAAAAUCACAUCGGUUCUAUUAGCAAGAAUAAAGAGCUUGUACAAAAAUUGAAACCUUAUAAACAACGAUUGGUGAAAAAUAUGUACGAUAUUGAUGCUGUAAAAUCUGUUCUUGGCAUAUUGUAUAAGGAAGUAUCCCAACCGUGUGAAGAAAUCGUACAUGCGGAGCAAUACCUAAAGAGUUAUUAUUUAGAUCCAUAAGAGAGGCAUCAG